AAAAGUAGCCUACUUUAUGUGUGUUCCUCUAAGCCGCUAUUGUUCUAGCUGUAUGAGGCGCAGAUGCAGUCUUGUGGGAUGUCAUUUACACGCUGCAAGACAAUAUUUGGUUUUCAGACGCCGCCAGCGUUACUGAAAUGAGGUGGUUGUAAUGGGUCACAGGGGACCACUGCAUUUGUCUGACCUUUUCCAGCUGUAUAAUGAGGACUCUGUCCACACCCUAUGCUCAGUGUUUGAGCAUGAGUGGGAAAAACAACAGAAUUACAGCGAGAGGUCAGACCUAGAAGAGGAUUCUGGAAGAGAGUCACUGCUGGUCUCCAGGAAAACCAGUGCUGGUUACUCUCUCCUUUAUGCAAUAUGGAUGACAUUCCAUCCAGCCUUAGUCAAAGUUGUGCUUCUGAGACUUUCAACUGAUCUUUUUAGCAUUCUAGGUAUUCUAACACUCAGAUGGGUUAUCCUGUUCUGUGAGAGGCAGGCUGUGUUUGACUGGGCAGGAUACACAUAUUCUCUGGUGGUGUUGGGAACAGUUUGCUGCUGCGCUAUUUCCCAGCAUCUCUUUGAGAAACAUGGUAGGAUAAUUACAGCCAACACACAAGCGGUUCUGGCUGGCGCCCUCUACAGGAAGACAUUGUCUCUUUCCCAUAGUUCUCGGCAACAAUCCAACACCACUCAGGGGACGGAUGUAUUAGGCAAAGUUGAAUGCGUAGCAGAGCUGGUGGUCACAUUGACCUGUCUUUGGUCCUGCCCGUUGAGAGUCGCUCUCUAUCUAGGCUUACUGUGGGGAGAAUUGGGUCCUGGCGUGCUGGUGGGGGUGGUAUUGCUACUAGUCCUCAUCCCUGUCAACUCAGCAGUGGAGCACAAAGCCAAACAGCUUCGGAGAUCUCAGCAGAUCAUCAGAGAAAGGAGUGAACAGCUCAUCAAGGAAAUGUUGCAUAAAUACCAGGCGCUGAAGCUUCUCGCAUGGGAGUCCUGGUUCCAUCAGAGAGUUACAGAGUCUCGGGCCAGGGAGCUGGAGAUGCUAAGAAUUCUGGGAUAUUUGACAGCCUUCUCUAUGCUCGACUCUGUCUGUAUGCCUUUUCUAGUUGGUUUCUCUAGUCUUGGUGUGUUUGUCCUGGUGGAUGAUGGGAAUGUUCUCACACCGUCUCAGAUCUUUACAUCCCUCUGUUUCUUCAGAUUGCUCCGCCCACCUCUGCUGGAGCUCCCUGGGCUAUUGUGUGUUCUCAAGCAGGCACAGCAGUCUCUUUGCCAUCUGGAGAAAGUCUUUCUCACAGAGGACCUGGCCACCUCUGCAAAAGGCGCUACAGAAGACAUUCCACCUGACAGCUCUCAACAGCCAUGUGAUAGGUGUAAAAACAAGCACAGUAAUUCUGAUGAGAAACGAGAUCACUAUCUAUUCCAAAAAGGCAGCGGAGAGGCCCGCAGGCUGUAUGUGAGGGCUUUCGGCUGGCACUGGGUGUCUGUUACCUCGCUGGUCUACCUGUCUGUGUGCGCUGUUAGUUUAGCACAGGAUGCUGUCCUGAGCAUGUGGACUGGUGAAGCCAAAGAAGUUCAAGGCCUGGAGGGGUGGAGAGAGCUCAGAAACUCGCGACUGUCUGCGUACGCACUGCUCGGACUCCUGCAAGCCUUGCUUGUGUGCUGUUCCGCCUACUGUCUGACCUGCGGUUCUCUCAGGGCGUCUCAUACGCUACACUCUGAGCUGCUGUCAGAUGUUCUUCACCUGCCAGUACAGUCCCAGAAGAUAGAUGUCAGAUGGUUACUGCAAGCAUUCACUCAGGAUAUGCAAGUGGUUGAUGAAGAGCUGCCCAAACAUUUACACAGCUGGUUAAAGAGUCUUUUGGACAUAUUGAGCACCAUCACUUUGAUCAGCUUCAUCAUGCCUGCUUUCAGCCUAGCUGUGUGCCCGCUGAUACUUCUCUUCUUCUGUAUUCAGUCUCAUUUUUCUUCAGCUCGCAUGCGAAUAAGACACAUGGAGGCAAGCCCUGUUUCAGUUACUUCUCUGGAGUGUGUGACACAUUUUGUUGAAGCUCCACUUUCUGGGCCAAAACACAGGGAGGUGUAUCUGACGCACUGCCUCCAAGCCUUACAUCAAAACCUGCUGGUCAAGUACAACAAAAUCAUCUCAGAAAGUUGGGCUGUGUUGCGGUUUGAUGGUGUUGCUGGGAUUGUGCUGUUCCUGGUCAGUCUGAUUCUGCUUGAGACUCAAACUGACUCAGGGCUUGUGGCUCUGGCUUUGAUCUGUGCCUUUAAUAUUAAAGAAGCUCUUCGCCGUUACCCUCAGGCCACCUCUGAUAUCAGCAUUGACAUGCUGAGCAUGCAAAGAUUUUGUAAAUUUGCCAAAGUGGAAAAGGAGGCAGCAUGGACAGUCUCCUACAGACCACCCUUUGACUGGCCCCAGCAUGGAGAGGUGAAGUUCAGGAACUAUGAGUCUGAGGCCUCCUCUAACUGCACACCAGCUCUUAGAGGAAUUAAUCUCACCAUUUUAAAAGGGGAAAAGAUUGGGGUUGUAAGCAGUGGGAAAACAGACACCGAUGGCUUGGUUAGCUGUCUCUUCCGAUCAGUGGAGGCCAGGAGCGGUGCUGUGCUGAUUGACGAUGUAAACAUCGCCCGCAUGAGUCUACACGACCUUCGUAGCCGCCUGCAAAUCAUUUCCCAGGUUCCUGUACUGUUCUCGGGUCCCCUGAGGGCUAACCUGGACCCGUUCUCUCAGCAUACUGACAUGCAGGUGUGGCUGGUUUUGGAGCUCUGCCAUCUCAAGGAGCGUGUUCAACAAUUGCCUGCUCAGCUGCUGCACCCUGUUCAAAGAACGUCUCUCGCUUUCAGCUUUGGCCAGAGGAGGUUGCUGUGUUUGGCCAGAGCCCUGCUUGCAAGGGUCAAAAUCCUGCUUGUGGAAGAGGCUCUUCCUUGUGUGGAUGUAGAAACAGAGGGCCUGGUCCGACAGUUGAUCCACACAGAGUUUAAAGACUGCACUGUACUGUGGCUCACUCAGAACCCGCUCACUCUCAUGCACACUGAAAGGGUGCUGGUUUUGAAUAAAGGACAAGCUGUGAAGUAUGACGCUCCUUCCACUGUCCUCCAGCAGGGGCCGCUGUUCAGUCAAUAAGAUGCGACCUCUAGCUCUUACAGUACAUCCAAUUAUUGUUAUCAUUUAUACUUUUCCUUUUUUUUUUUGCUGACCUGAAGUUAUUAAAUAAUAAAAUUAUUAUUUAUAUAAUAAUAAAUAAGUUAUUCAUUUCACGUCAUACAUUAGGUUCCCUAAACCACAGUUUAUUGACUCUAAUUAAUGAAGGUUUCAUAUGCCUUUGGACAGAAUAUACUGAAAAAAAGGUUAAAAAAGUGACAGGUGGAACACAAACAGACUUUGAAAUAUUAUAGUGAAUUGUGGAGGUUAUUUUAAAUGUAUUUAAAUUAUUAAUUUCUUUUUUCUUUAUAUUUUUGUAUUUUUAUAAUUUAUUAUUUUAUUUGAUAAUAUAAUGAUUUUUUUUUUUUUUUUUUUUUUUACAAUAAUUGAAGCUUUUUCUGCCAAUUAAUUAAAAAAAAAUUGAUUAAGCUCACAUAAGCACACAAACAUACCAGUUUACAUUUGUUAAAUGGUCAAAACUUUACAAUAAGGUUUCAUUUGUUAACAUUGUUAACAAAAUACUACUGUUCAUUGUUUGUUCAUGUUAGUUGACAGUGCAUUCUUUUAACUUUUGAUAUUAAUAAUGUAUUAGUAAAUGUUGAAAUUAACAUUAACUAAGAUUAAUACAUGCUGUAGAAGUGUUGUUCAUUCUUAGUCAUUUAUAAGUUGAUAAUUUAUAACAAGAUGAUUUAUAUUUUUGACACUUUUGAUACUCUUAUGUCAGUGUUUUACAAUGCAGUACAAUAUGCAUAUGAAAAUUACACCAGCAAUAUGAUAAAUAAUAAGAAGCAACAGCAGGGAUUUCCUUCUAAGGGCUGUUUGAGGUUAUGCACAGUGGCCGUUUGAGCUGUUUGUUGACACAUUCUCCUCUUCUCCUUUUCCUUUGCAGUUAUUGUCAGUUAAUUGCACAUUUUUUUUCACAACAGUUUUCCUCAUUGUAACUGUCUCCACAUCUUUUCUUUUUAUGCUCUGGUCAGUUGACCGUUGUUUCACCAAGAGUGUCGUUUGGCAUUAGGUUUUAGAUCAGGGGUCUCCAAACUGAUUAUUGAUUAACUGAUUAAACUGAUAAUUAAGCAUACUUGAAACUUCCAGGCAGAUGUGUUGAGGCAAGUUUGAGCUAAACUCUGCAGGACAGUGGCCCUCCAGGACUGAGUUUGGAGACCCCUGUUUUAGAUUUGUUUUUUAUAGCCUAUUAUAACCUGUAUGGAAAUUAAUAAUAAAUAAUGAAUAAAAUCCAAAACACAAUAUA